AUGAGAUCGUCGCUCACACUCGUCUUCUUAGUAGCCAUUGGUUACGCCACCGCCUACCAAAUACCACAUGAAAGUCCGAAUGAUUACGGUGGUGAUUGCUACGGUAGUGAUUGUGGUGGCGGUUAUGGAGAUGGUGGGUAUGGUGGUGGCGGAUAUGGUGGUGGUGGUGGUGGUGGUGGUGGCUAUGAGGGUGGCGGAAAUGGCGGUGGCGGUGGUGGUGGUGGCUAUGAGGGUGGCGGAUAUGGUGGUGGUGGCGGUGGUGGUGGCUAUGAGGGUGGCGGCGGCUAUGGUGGUGGUUGCAAUGGUGACGAUUGUGGUGGUUACGGAGGUGGUGGUGGUGGUGGUGGUGGUGGUGGUGGCAAUGGCGGCUAUGGUGGUGGUUGCAAUGGUGGAGGCUGUGGAUAUGGCUUCGAUGAAGCUUUCCCUGCUCCCUAUGGUGGUGAUCAAGGCUACGGUGGCAACGGCCAUGGAAAGGGUGGCGGUAAAGAAAAUGGCCAUGGAAAGGGUCAUGGCAGUGGCAAGGGUGGUAGCAAAGGUGGCAAAGGUGGCAAACCCAAUACUUACAAACCCAAUGCUUACAAACCCAAUGCUUACAAACCCAAUACUUACAAACCCAAUGCUUACAAACCAAACACUUAUGCAAGCACUUACUGA